AUGAGAAACAGGUAUGUCAGAGACAAAGCAGCAAUUGUUGUCCGGGAAACGGACCAAGGAACCAAACACAGGAAAGCAGAGUCACGAAAGACGAUGGCCGAAAAGGCUGGACACUCUGUAAUUUUGGACCAUUCACUCUGGAGUCAUUCCCUCUCUCACGAGGUUAAUCAUCAUGCAGGACUGGGUCUGGAUAGGAUCUACAUGGAUUACAAUGCCACCACGCCACUGGAACCUGAGGUCAUUGAAGCCAUAACAGAGGCAUUGAGCAAUGCGUGGGGGAAUCCAAGCAGUAAUCACUUGCUAGGUCUGACAGCCAGGGAUGUUAUAGAGCAGUCACGAGACAGUGUGGCCAGAAUGGUGGGAGGAAAGGCAGAGGACAUCAUUUUUACAUCUGGAGGCACUGAGGCUAAUAACCUGGUGUUCCACACAGCGGUGGAGCACUUCUGGAAAAGCAGCGGUUCUGCAGAUAGGUCAAGAGAAGAGAGCAGCCAGCCGAACGGGAGAGCCGCCCUUCCUCAUAUCAUUACCUCCAACGUGGAGCACGACUCCAUCAAACUAACAGCUGAACAUCUAGUUAAGGAAGGCAAGGCUGAUGUCACGUUUGUGCCCAUUUCCAAGGUGACGGCGCGGGCGGAGGUGGAGGAUGUGGUUGCUGCUGUGCGUCCCACCACCUGCCUGGUCUCCAUCAUGAUGGCCAACAAUGAGACAGGUGUCAUUAUGCCAAUUAGAGAAAUCUGCCAGAAGAUUCGCUCCCUCAACAAAAACAGGACAGGUCCCAGAAUUCUCUUGCACACCGACGCUGCCCAAACGGUUGGCAAGAUCCGAGUGGAUGCCGGCGAUCUGGGCGUGGACUACAUGACCAUAGUGGGACAUAAGUUUUAUGCCCCGCGGGUUGGUGCCUUGUUUGUGAAUGGUCCUGGAAGAGCUAGUCCACUAUACCCCAUGUUCUUUGGAGGUGGACAGGAGCGGAGCUUUAGACCGGGGACUCAGAACACACCAAUGAUUGCUGGUCUGGGAAAGGCAGCUGAGUUGGUACACACAAACCUAUCGGAGUAUGAAUCUCACUUCCUCGACAUCAGGUGUUACUUGGAGCAGCGGCUACUGGCCACAUUUGGAAAAGACAAAAUUCGUUUCAACAGCCAUUUCCUUGGUUCAGAGACUCUGCCAAACACCUGCAAUGUGUCUAUUUUGGGCAGAGGACUGCAGGGUCACAGGGUGCUGUCCACCUGUCGAAGGUUACUGGCUAGUGUGGGAGCUGCCUGUCACUCGGAUCGAGGAGACCGGCCUUCCCACAUCCUGCUGAGCAGCGGAGUUCCACACGAUGUGGCCACCAACGCCAUCCGACUCAGCGUGGGACGAGGGACGUCCCGCGAGGAUGUGGACAUUGUUGUGGAGGACCUGAGAGACACUGUAGAGCAGAUAGAGAGAAUGAAUUAGACAGAUACACGGAGAACUUUCCCUUCAGUGUCCCCCGUGGCCUGGAGGUCGCACGGCGAACAGAGACGUCGAACUUUGACAAAUAAGGAUGAUCGCUAGCUUCUCCUUACCACUUGGUUAUGUAAUAGGUACACAGUUACCAAGUAAAUGACAUUGCUGAAGCCAGAGCAAGGAUAGGAAACCCUACUCAUGUAGAACUGAAAGCUAUGCAGGCUUUUGUUCCAGGCAUUGUCAGACACGGUUAACCGUGGCCUUUGUGAACAUCUGAGUACCAGGUGUGUAUGAUUAAAAUUGGACCGAAGUCCUGCAUGUAUGAAGGGUCUCCAAGAGGAGGGUUAUCUACCCCAACGUUCAAGUCUCAGCAUAUCAAAAUUCCCU